GGACAACUUACCACAAACGUUGUUAUCGACUCUACAAAAUUCCGAAGCAGACGAUGCACUCGCUUCGCGCGUCACUCAUCCAUUUGCUACGUCCUCAGAACCGACAUGUGGCCUUUUGCGGGAUAUAAUUCAAGCCACUGAUCAGGUCGUGACUUCCCUCAAUCAAUACGUAUCCACUAUCUUUACGAACCCAAAACUCAUAUCUCUUCUUCGACAACAAGCCGCAAUUCAGCACUCUUUACACCUCUCAGAGCAAAAUGUACAACACAUAGUGAGCACUCUCCGAAAACGAUCCACCACUGAGUACGGAGAAGACAUACCACUCAAUAGACCAGAUGUUGUCGAUUGGUGUAUUUCUCGUCUAGAAGGAUGGGGCAAAAAAGUGGGGAUGGAAACUUUUAAGGAUGAAAAGGAAGGAGGGAUGGUUCUUGUUUUCGGCGGAAAGGUCUUGGUGAUAGACAUCGACCUCUUAGUUUCCCGAACAGAGGCCAAUGUUCAAGUCUUGGGUAUCAAAACAACAUAUGCUGCUUCCUCUUUGACCUCCGAAUCUUCUACAAUGGAUGGAUCCUCGUCCUUGGAUGCAUAUUUAAAGAACAGCUUGCAACGGUUUUUUGCAGAAGUGCAGAAGCCAGAGGAAACCCGCAACCCAGUUGAAGCGGCACGACUCGGUAAAAUUGUUCUGGACGACCUUAGGUACCUUGUGAUGCUGGACGGGCUCGCUGAAAGGAAAGGAGAUGGUGGAGUGCGGUGGUUCGUUGACGUCGACCAGCUUUGGAGUGUCGUCGAGGACGUGUCGAAACGAGAAGCACAGGCCAUCGCAUCGUGCGUUAUGCUAUACUCUCUCCUCUAUUUCAUACCGCGGGUCCAACUCUUUUCGCAGUUCCUCAGGUACCACUCGUCCACCACUGGACAUAUUUCUACUUCGUUCUCAUGCUCUACCUCUGCCUUAUCUUUUCUUCCCGUCUCUCUCGUUCCUCAUACAUAUCUCUCCUCUUGUAUACCUUACGACACUUCGCAAAUUUGCAGACGAUAUACUCAUAGAUGCAACAAACAGCCUACCCCAGUUCGACGUUCCCCUCUCAGGACUUCGCUCAUACCUUUCCGAUCGCCCUAGAGGAGCGACAAUGUGCACGUUACUUUUAUCUCAACCGACAGAAACUCACCUGUUUGAACCGUCGAUGUCUAUGCCGAACCUCACUUCCCGACCCACUUUUCCGUUAGUACUCGGUCUCUCCGAUCCAGAACACGUUUUUCCACAACUAGAUAUAUCGGUAUCUUCGCUCGACGCGACUUUGGAUGAUUCUUCUGGCCGAAACAUCUGGAUCUUGGAUUUUACAUCCGACGGAAAGUCAUCUGGAGUUGUAAUGAGCCAGAGUAGAAUGCGGGAUAUAGAGCUAGUCAUAAACCCGUUGAGCAGCAUGGAAACGCUCAGCUCAGUGGGUAUGCUGUCUUUUGGGUCCGGUAGCUGGGUGGAUCUUCUGCUCAAUCCCUCCAUUCCUAUCUCUCCCGAAUGCUAUACAGCAUUCUAUGUCUCUCCAACUUCUCUGCACCCCCCUCUCCAGUUACGCUUGACUGCUCCGGAAGAGCCUGGUUUCAUACUUGAAAAAGUUCCUGUCCAUAGCAUGAAGGAAGUCUGGGGAGUGCUCGAAAUCGUCCGAGAGCAAUGCUGGCUGAACGAAACCCUCCUCUCUUGUCAGUGGUUACCAGAGGGUAUCAAAUUAAACCCCUCAGAUGAUCAGUCUACGAAGGAGGCGGAGAUCGACGUGACGGAGGAGAUACUGCAAUCAGUUUUGCAAGGUACUCUGACUCCGCGGAAAAUCCCCGUCAAUGUGUUUAUCCCUAACAGUUCAACCGACUCUCUGUUUGAGUCAACAGACUUGGAAUCCAUCACGAAGAUGCAAAAACCAAGGGUUAUUAUGUCAUCCCCAGAGCGUCCCCCAAUUUCUGGUCUCGUCGCUAUCACUGUGUCAUAUGAUGAGAGCAGACCGCGAGGACUUGGAGUCGAAAUAAGUGGAGCGAUGGGAGCAGAUUUGCGAGUAGAUGUCUUGGAGGAGAUAUGCCGUCGAGGGGGGACUAUGAGUCUGCCAGGAAGGGUUUGGGUUAAGUCGGUCGAGUCGUGAACUGUUUGUUGUAUGUGGUGGCUAGCGCUUUACGAUACAAUCUUCUCUCAGGCUCCGGUUCCAUCCCGGGCCGAAUCGAAAGUGUUUCUGAUGAAGGACGAUAAGUAUGUAACCAAGCUCCUCACUCGAUGACGAGUCAAUCUUCUUGCAGAGUAAUUAUCAUAGGAUGUGGGGUCGCUGGCCCGGUACUGGCCCUGCUUCUCAAACACAAAGGAUACCAGCCCGUGAUCUACGAGAGAUUACAGCAGAACGCUGAAGCGGGUCUUAGCUUAAUGUGGGUUCUUCCAGGUUAAAAGUCCACCUAAUUCUGCGUUUCUAGCGA